UUAAGGUUUCUUUUUUGAUCAUAGCCAGCCAGCGGUUCAAAAAAGUCAAAAGGCAUGCGAGCGCGUGCGUAGAGCCCAACGACGGAAAACAACAAAACGUUUUUGGUGACUGCCGCAGACUGCGCAGAACUUUGGCUAGGCCAAAAAAAGGAAAACGGGAAUCACAAGCUUGUGGUGCUGAGUUUGGGCUGAAGAGUUGCUACCAGUUUGGGCUCAUGUUGGCAAUCACCAAAAAAAAAAAAAAAAAACAAGAAAGCAAACGAAAAGAAACUCAAUUUACAAGUUUUGUUUACAGCACUUUCAAAAAUCUGUUGUUACGUAGGAUACUUGAACCUUGUCUCGUAAUUUCCACAUUGGGAGCGCUACCACAGCUUUUGAUAUCCCCAGGACGCAGUCCAAUUGCAUGGAUGGCUAGCUCUCCCGACUUGCAGUUUGAUCCGAGUCGGAUUCCAAAGGAGGCUGUUGCUCAAGUUCCCGAAGGCUACACGAUACGACCAUUGAAUGUGAACGACUAUGAUAAAGGAUAUCUAGAGUUGCUGUCACAGUUGACGACCAUUGGAACAAUUUCCAAGCGGAAAUUUGCUGAACGGUUUGAUCUUCUACGAGAAAGGAAUGAAUCGAAAUACUGCAUUGUUAUAGAAGAUCUUGGUCGAGGGAUCAUUGUUGGGGCAGGCUCAGUUAUCAUUGAACCAAAGUUUGUACACGAAUGCGGGAUGGUGGGGCAUAUUGAAGAUAUCGUUGUGGAUAACUCGGCACGGGGAAAGAACUUGGGAAAACUGAUCAUCAAUGCGUUAACUCUUGUCGCCAAACACUCGGGAGCAUACAAGGUCAUCCUGUCCUGUGCCGAAAAGAAUGUUGGUUUUUACGAAAAGUGUGGAUUGAAAGCCAAGGAAGUGACGAUGGCUAAUUACCUGUAGAGAACAAAGAAACGCAAUACCUUCUCCAUAGCCAUCUUAGAAUUAGGUAGUACAUCAGGUUUGGGACUUACUAUUUGAGCAUAAUGAGCAUUCAUCGACAUCAUCAUAUCUUAAUGUCAAGCGAUAUUCUAUGGCAUAAUCAGAUGAUCAGAUAUAUUGUAUAAUGAAUAUUUUC